GGUGGAUGAACAGCUGUUCCACUGAAAAGAAAGUCGGUGCCUGUAAUUCAGUAAGAGAUUAGUCAUUGUGUCUGACUGAGAUAUAAGCCAAAAAAAUAUUGAUGGGGGUAGGGAAUCCUGAAAAACAAUUACAGAAGGUACUGAGGUCGGUGUGGGGGAAAUGGGACAUCCAAACCAUUAUAUUGGGGAGUCUUCUGUUUCAAACCAUACUGGUUUUACUGGGGCCGAUGAGAAAGAACAGGAAGAGCGCUAUGACGCUGCUGCUAAUCUGGGUCAUAUAUUUGACCGCUGAAAACGUUGCCAGCUUCGCCAUAGGUCUCAUCAACAGCGGCGACCCCAGCCAGAUCGCCGCUUUCUGGGCGGCGUUUCUGCUGCUCCACUUGGGCGGCCCGCACACCAUCACCUCAUUCGCCAUAGAGGAUAAUGAUCUAUGGCACCGCCACCUUCUCUCCCUCGUCGUCCAGGUUUUCUUGGUCCUGCUCGUUUUCUACCGCUCCCGGAUCUACCUCAGCCAUGACUUACGUGUCCCCACGCUCAUCGUCUUCGUCAUUGGAGUCGUCAAGUAUGCGGAGCGCACGCGGUCGCUGUACUUGGCGUCUCAGUCGAUCAUGCGCCGCUCCAUGCGCAAGGAAUUAAAGCCCAGAGAUGAAACGCCGGCGGAGCAAGAGACCGGCUACCGGGACUUGGAGGCCGGCACCUGCAGCAGAGAUGAAGUGGAGAUCAUGUACAAAGGGUACAAGCUCUACAAAAUGUUCAGAGGGUUCAUCCUGGACCAUACAUUUAUUCACAUUACUGAGAGUAAGGAGGCCAUGGAAGAUUUCUUGAAGCUGGGGCAUGAGGAUGCGUUUAAAGUGAUGGAAGUGGAGCUCAACUUCAUGUACGACUCCAUGUUCACCAAGAUGGCCUCCGUCCAGUGGAUCAGUUGGUUCGGCUAUUUAUACAGAUUCGUGCUCCACAUCGCACUUAUAGUCGUCACACUCAUCUUUUUCUACCGGAACAAGAGCACCAUUCAUGCCCGGGACACUUCUGUCACAUAUAUCUUGCUGGGCGGCGCCGUCCUCUUGGACUCCAUAGCUAUGGUGAAGCUCGUAUUCUCUGAGUGGACCGUAGCCAUAAUGAAGGACGCGCAGGAGGAGUACGAACGGUUAAAACAAUGGCCGGAUGAAGAAGAUCGGAGAGAUCCUCUCGGGAUGUUUAAGUAUGUAAAGAAACGGAUCGGGGGAUGGGUUUUGUGCAUGAAGAGGAACGAGAGAAUCAUAAGAAUUGUCAACUUCAUAAAGAACCGGAUUUCUCGGAAACAGCGGUGGUCGGAGACGAUGAAUCAGUACAGUCUGCUGAACCACUCGUUGAACAGCCGGUGGGAAUGGGUGGACAAGAUCCUCGACUACUUCGGACUCAUCGAGAGGAUUGAUUCGUUUCAGUACACCAAACUUGAGCCGGUGGAGACGAGCUUGAGGAAGAUGGUGUUCGAGCACAUCAAGAAUGAGGCGGAGGAGCGCCACCGGCAUGCGGCGGAGAACGGCAGCGAAACAGCACCGGCGGAAGAUAAAGACAGACAGAUUCCGGAGCUUCGUAAAAUAUGUUCCAUCCUGCAUAAGUACGAAUACGACAUUCGUGUGCUAAUCUUGCAUGUUGCUACCGAUAUAUGCUAUUACGCCAUUGAUGACGAGGAAGAAGAAGAAGAUGAGAACCGAGAAACAUGCCAAAACAUCUCGGAAUAUUUGGCGUACCUUCUGGUGGUGGAGGGGAAAAUCACAUCGGCCAUGCCCGGAAACGUUGGAAUGAGAUUCAGAGACAUAUGUUGGGAAGAAGUUGAACACACCCGCGAGGAACUCACCUGCAGGUUAGCCUCAAAACAACCUUCUUACGUCAAAUACAUGAAGUACAUGUUGGAAUCAACCUGGGAGGACAUCAAGGAGGCCUUCACUAACCUCAAAAACUCCAGAAACAAAAAUGCUGCAGGUAGGAAUAAGAAAAGGGUGCGAACAAGGAGGGAGCAACACAUAAGGAGGUGGGAAGACAUGAAAAGGAGAGUGGGUAGUGAGAAGUUGUUGUGGGAGGUGGGAGAUGAGGAAGGGAAGUGUAUCGGGAGUAAGUCGGUGUUGAAAGAGGCGGUUCAGCUUGCAAAGGGUUUGAAACGCUUCAGUGAUCGUGUUCCAAACGCCGCCGCCGCAGAAGGUGAUAAUGGCGGAAGAGGUUCAAAGGAAAUGUGGGGGUUUCUGAGUGAUAUGUGGGUGAAGUUGCUGUUAUAUGCAGGCACCCAUUGCAGGGGAGAUGUUCAUUAUUUGAACAAAGGUGGGGAGUUUCUUACGUUUGUACGGCUUAUGAUGGCCCAUUCUGGGCUCAAACAACGCUUCAAAGAUGAAGCAGCAGCUGCUGGGAACCAAGUUGAUGUUCAAAUUAAUUAAUCAAACUUUCUUGUAAAUUUUGUCCUGUAUGUAUAUGCAUGCAUGCUUAUAUUGAAUCACAAUGGCGCUGUAUGUAACUAUGUAAGGAAAAUUUUUAAUUUUGUUUGUGGAUAAUAAUAGCAUCUACUAGAUGCUUUUUGAUUUU